UUUCGUUCCGUCUACUCCUCGUACGAAGCAACAAUGGCCGGUACCGUGUUGGAGGUCGGUUCGGGAGUUUUUGUCGUUGGAGUCGUUUGGAUUGUGGCGCUUGUUUUUGGGACGAUGCUGCUGAGAGCAUCGGGAUCGGCGAAGUUGGGAAUCAUUCCUGUUUUUCUCCUAGCCCUAACCAUCACACUGGCCCUAGUGUUUUUCCCUCGCAGUCCAGAGACAACACCUACCGUCAAAGAGAUAGAGAUAGUGGACACUUUGUUUAUCGGCCGUUACGUGCUGCUGGCAGUGACAAGCGCUGUCUUUCUGGUGAUGUUCUUCAUGCUGCUUCCCUUUCACUUCCUGGAGCCGGUCUAUGCCAAGGCCUUAAGAACACAGUAGAACAGCCAGAGUAAGAGCUGGCACCGGGAUCGUGUAUACAAGUAAAGACAAACAGGGCCUGGCAGCAGGGCCACAGCAUCAUGUGGAAAUAGACCAUAGAAAAAACCCAAACAUGAGCAGCAGGGACCUGGGUGCUGUGCUGGACUGAAUGCUCAAUCCAGACUGUUUAACUGUGUUUGGUGAUGUGAAGUGAUUAAAUGAAGAGUUUUUAAUGUGUGUGUUUGUAAGGGAUUAAACAACUUUCUAUAAA